AAUCCUACAUACUUCUGAACAAACUCCUCUCACCAUUGGUCAAUCCUAAAUUGUUGAGCUUGAAUUACAUAAAUGGGUUUGCUUAAAUUGGGUUGGGUUUGGUUGAUAUGUUCGAAUCAUUUAAUAAACCCAAUCAAGUAGCUCUAGUAAAACCUAAAAACUGUCAAACACUCGCUUUGUCUAUAGAUUCCUGCAACUAAACCCUAGUUGUAUCGCAAAUUCUGAUCCGAAUGAUGUCGCUUACAGCGAGAGUCGAUGAGUUGGAAUCGAGAAUGAAAUUAGUGCAAACGGAAAUCGGCAAUGUUCAAUCAGAAAUUGGAUCGAUGAAAGAAGAUAUGCAGAAGAUGAUGAAGCUAUUCGAACUAUUCAUCAGAAACGUGGGUAAUGAUCGUGAGAUGAAUCGUUUUACUGCAAUUAAAGAAAGAAAACUGGAUUUACCUACUUUCGACGGAAAUGAUCCGGAAGAUUGGAUCCUUAGAGCAGAACAUCACUUUGAUCUCAAUCAUCUAACAAAUGAAGAACGUCUGGAAGCAGCGGCGAUAGCAUUUGAAGGCGACGCGAUUAGAUGGUUUCAAUGGGAGAGUAAGCGAAGUCCGAUGAUUGAAUGGGAAGACAUGAAACUCAAAUUGUUGAAGCAUUUCGGAAUCACGGGAUCUGGUUCACUCUUUGAGAAAUUUCUCGAAGUGAAACAGGAGGGCAGUGUCGCUGAUUAUCGAAGGAAAUUUGUGAAUUUAGCUGCACCUUUAGAUGAUAUAUCUGAAGAGAUGUUCUUGGGUAAGUUUAUGAGUGGUUUACAACCGAUGAUCAGAUCUGAACUGAGGCUUUUUUCACCGGAAAACGUGUCUGAUGCUAUGGAUAUUGCAAGUAGAAUUGAAAAGAAGAAUAAAUCCCUCAAAAGUGCUGGAAUUUGGUUCGAUAAUCAGGAAGAAGUUGAUCAAGGGGUUCUUGCUUAUCUCCGGUUUCCUCCAAAUUAUGGUAGAGAAGUGGGCAUACAUAUAAAUGAACUUGAAGAGAGGCUGAAUCUUUCUCAUGACAAAAUCAUGGAAUCAAUAAGAAGACUUGAAGAUGAACGCAAGAUAUAUUCAUCAAUUGAUGACUUCCACUACAAAGCAAUAAGCAUGAAUUGAUGAUACAAAACAACUAAUUUUAGAUGAUAUUAUACUAAUUUUAGGAGAAUGAAUCUUGAUCCUUUUUAGGUUUUCUUAUCUGCUUAAAUCGUCAUCUUCAAAUUUAGCUUAUUUGUAUAGUAUUUGAAGAAUGGGUGUUUUAUUACUGAAUUAGUGCUCAUAUGUGUUAGCAAAUUGUGUUUAUGUUCAA